CAUGGACGAGCUGGCGCAGGUCAAGGGGCGCGGAUGGGAGAAGUGGGAGGACGUCACUAAUACUCUCUUAUCGUACUGUAUUCGGUGUCGGUCCGACGAGCCGAUUCGGCUUCUGUAUCCGUACCCCUCACUAUUUAUUCUUCUAUCCUCGAUCUAUUUUCUCGGUCAAGUUCCUCUAUCUAUUCUGUCUCUAUUCUCUCUAUUCUCUCUACUCUCUGUUAUAUCGAAAUCAAUUCCAUUCUAUCUACGAUGACUGCUCCUCCCCCCGGCGUGUGGGCGCCCGCCGUGACGUUCUUCAACGCCGACGACAGCAUCGACUUCGCCGCCCAGAAACAAUACUUCCACUACCUGUCAACGACCGGCUUAGCAGGGCUAGUCAUCCUGGGCACCAACAGCGAGGCCUUCCUGAUGACGCGCGAAGAACGCGCCCAGCUGAUCGCCGCCGCACGCGAAGCCGUCGGCCCAACGUUCCCCCUCAUGGCGGGCGUGGGCGCGCACUCGACGAAACAAGUGCUGGAGCUGGCGGCCGAUGCGGCGGCCGCGGGGGCAAACUACCUGCUUGUUCUCCCGCCGGCGUAUUUCGGCAAGGCGACCAGCAUGGCGGUGGUGAAGCGGUUCUUUGCCGACGUGGCGGCCAAGGCGACCCUGCCGGUUGUGAUCUAUAACUUUCCCGGAGUGUGCAACGGGGUGGACAUUGAUUCCGAGACCAUGACGGAGAUUGUACGGCAGUCUGCCGCUGCGUCGGAAGACAAGAAAUCGAACGUGGUGGGCGUGAAGUUGACGUGUGCGUCUGUGGGCAAAAUCACCCGGCUGGCAGCGACGUUCCCCCGCGACGAGUUCGCCGUGUUUGGCGGGCAGUCGGACUUUCUGGUCGCAGGCCUGUCGGUCGGGAGUGCAGGGUGUAUUGCUGCGUUUGCGAACGUGUUCCCCAAGACGCUGGCCAAGAUAUACGCCCUCUACACGGCGGGCAAGGUCGACGAGGCCCUCCGCCUGCAGCAGACGGCGGCGCUGGCCGAGUCGCCGUGUAAGAGUGGCAUCGCAGCGACCAAGUUCGCCGUCGCGGUUCACUCGGCGGUCGCGGCGGGGGUGCCUGAGACUGAGGCUCAGCAGAAGCUGCUCCCCCGUACGCCGUAUGAGGGCGUUGGGGAGGCGACCAAGAAGACGGUCAGGGAGGUGAUGGCGGCGUUGGCGGAGAUUGAGUCAACUGUUUAGAACAUUCUCACCGGUAGAAUUAUCAGUCUUCCUGUUCUCUGUACUCUGCUCUCUGUACAACAUUGUGUAACAGUAAUUAUGACCUGUUUACUGAAUUAUUGUCAAUAAUAGAUUGAUAGAUUCUGUC